UGUGGAAUUCUAGAAAUGGAGCUCUACUGGCACCUUACUCAGGGACUAGAACUUUGCCUCAGGGCUCUGCCUCGGCCUCUCUGGGACCUGUUUCCUACAGCAUCUCGUAUUUUGGAUUUCUGCUGUCCUAUAAUGAGUGAUGUUGUGCCGUUAGACGUCAUUGGUAGAAGAGUUGAAGUUAAUGGGGAAUUUGCAACUGUGCGCUUUUGUGGUGCUGUUCCUCCCGUGGCAGGUAUAGGCUCCACUUCGCAGCUUCCUGACACAAUUCCACACUACUCAUCUGCCUGCAACCAAAAGCACCCAACAGGAGGCUCCUUUGUUCGUCCAAACAAAGUUAAUUUUGGAGUAGACUUUCUUACUGCUCUUAAGAAGCGUUAUGUGUUAGAAGAUGGAUCUGAUGAUGAUGGAAAAUCAAGUUCCUUAAAAGUUGGAAAUAAACAAGUGCAAACUGUUGGUUUUGACAGUAUCACAAAGAAGCAGAGUCAGCUGAGAGCACUGAAAGACAUUUCCCUGUGGAAGUGUGCUGUGAGUUGUGCUGGUGAACAAGGAAGAAUUGCUGAAGCCUGUCCCAAUAUUCGAAUUGUUAAUUUGUCCAAAAACCUAUUGUCAUCUUGGGAUGAAGUGGUUCUUAUUGCAGAGCAGCUCACCAACCUGGAGGAUCUCGAUCUCAGUGAAAAUAAACUACAGUUUCCCUCUGACUCACCAACUCCAGCUGGAACGUUUUCUAAUCUGAAGAUUUUAGUCUUAAAUAAAAUGGGAGUAACAUGGGCUGAGGUGCUGCGCUGUGCCCCUUCAUGGCCAGUUCUCGAGGAACUCUACCUCAAGUCUAACAGUAUUUCCAUUUCAGAAAGGCCAGCGAACGUCCUGCAGAAGAUGAGGUUACUAGACCUUUCCUCUAACCCAGCCAUUGAUGAAAAUCAGCUGUGCCUCAUAGCAUAUCUUCCCAGAUUAGAACACCUACUCAUUGACACUGGACUUUCUUCUAUACAUUUUCCGGAUGCUGGAAUUGGGUGCAAAACAUCCAUGUUCCCGUCCUUGCAGUACCUCGUAGUCAAUGACAACAAAAUAUCAGACUGGUCAUUUAUCAAUGAGCUAGAUAAAUUACAGAGCCUACAGGCUUUGUCCUGUACUAGAAACCCCUUGACUGAAGGAAACAAAGCAAAGGAAAUCAUCAUUGCCAAGAUUGGUCAGCUGAAGACCCUAAACAGAAGUGAGAUUCUUCCAAACGAAAGGCGUGGAGCUGAGCUUGACUACCAAAAAGCCUUUGGAAAUGAAUGGAAAAGGGCUGGCGGACAUACGGAUCCAGACAAAAACAGGCCAAAUGCAGAGUUUCUUUUGGCCCACCCUAGAUACCAGCUUCUCUGCAGCAAAUAUGGUGCACCUGAAGAUGAGGAACUCAAAACACAGCAGCCAUUCAUGCUCAAAAAUCAGUUGCUAACAUUGAAGAUAAAGUGCUCAAGCAAACCUGAACAGAAAGUAUUAGAAAAGCAGUUGCCAGAUUCCAUGACAAUUCAAAAGGUAAAGGGACUGCUGUCACGUCUUCUCAAAAUUCCUGUUUCAGAAAUUCUGCUGUCCUAUGAAAGUCCCAAGAUGCCAGGCAGAGAAAUUGAACUAGGAGAUGACCUACAGUCAUUACAGUUUUAUUCUGUGGAAAAUGGAGACUGUCUACUAGUGCGAUGGUAACAAUCCAACCGUAAGAGUUUAGCGGCUGUAAUGUUGUAUAUACCAGAAACAAAAACUUCACCCUCAUAAAGGAUGAAGUUUUGUUGGGAAAGGACCAUUUGGUUGUAUAUAGAAUAAAGGCUUUGAUUACUAGUGAUUUUUCUACUCCGUCUGUCUCCACAGCUUACUGCAUUCCAUUAUGUGGACAUGUAAAUAUAAACAGAAACAGCAGUCUAAAUCUGAAUAGCGUUAACAUUUGCUGUGGGCUACUUAACUGUCUGAAAAAGUUCACUACAGUGAUUUGGUUGGUCGUCGAAAAAUGUCCCUUAAACUGAGGAAACACAUCUCCUACUCUGUACAACAUACUUUUCUCCACAUUUUAUCUACACUGAACCUAUACUUCCAGAGAUUACUACUACCUCCUCAAGCUUAGGUAAACAUCAGGCAAAGCAGAGUACCUUCCCUACUUCCCUGUGACACUGAACCCUGAGGUGUUUACUUUUAUUGAGUGCUAAGGUGAGACAUUCAGGAUAUGCAUUAAAUGGUAAGAGAAAGCAUGAUACAUAUGUAAAUGAACAUUUUUAAAAGCAAGACCCCAAAACUUCAGAUUACAGUAUUUCCUUUUCAAGGCCAGUUUGCCCACAUCAGAGAUCCACAAACUGGUAUUUCCAGCA